UGGAACUUCCUCCUUAGUGUCCCAGCUUGUGUUAAAGCGAAUAAGUUGCCUGGCUCUACAUUUCACCCAUCUUUUCGCUUUCGUCUAAAGGCGCUCUCCACUGGUUUUCUCAUUCGGUUCAUCUUUUGCAGAAGACACUGGCUGGUGCUUUGGAAAUCUCCUCUUAUUAUUGGUAUAGGUGGCACAUUCCAGGAAAUCGCAGCUGAGACGGAGCGUUUUCAAGCAUGAACCGGGCAUUUAACAGAAAAAAAGAUAAAUCAUGGAUGCACACUCCAGAAGCACUGGCCAAGCAUUUUAUAGCAUACAAUGCCAAGUUUCUGGGGCAUACAGAAGUUGAUCAACCCAAAGGUACAGAGGUGGUGAAAGAUGCCGUCAGAAAGCUCAAGUUUCAGAGACAUAUUAAGAAGUCAGAGGGACAGAAGAUCCCAAAAGUGGAAUUACAGAUCUCCAUCUACGGAGUAAAAAUAUUAGAUCCUAAAUCAAAAGAAGUACAGCACAACUGUCAGUUGCACCGGAUAUCCUUCUGUGCAGAUGAUAAGACAGACAAAAGGAUAUUCACAUUCAUUUGUAAAGAUUCAGAGUCCAACAAACAUCUCUGCUAUGUGUUUGACAGUGAAAAAUGUGCAGAAGAGAUAACUUUGACCAUCGGCCAAGCGUUUGACUUGGCAUACAAGAAGUUUCUGGAGUCCGGGGGAAAAGAUGUAGAGACUAGGAAACAGAUAGGUGGCCUACAGAAAAGAAUUCAAGAUCUUGAAGCUGAAAAUUCCGAAUUGAAGAAGCAGUUGCAAGUCUUAGAGGAACAGCUGAUGAUUGCUCAAGUUCCUCCUCUUCUUCACAUUAACUCUUCUAAUGAGGCCUAUAUGCUUCAGAGACCCUCAUCUCUCUUCUGGUGUCACAACGUGACUUCAUUCUCUUGCCUCGAAAUUUCUUCUGUUACACUAACGCCAAUGAGCUCACCUGACUCUAACCUUUCUGCUGGUCUUCUGACUCCUCCACCUGCUAAACCUGCAUUGUCGAAGCCUCCGAGUGGAGCCAGUGUUCCUCACCCUCCUGGAAGCAGCAUGUCCUCGAAGACGCCCACUGACAUAUUUGACAUGGUUCCAUUUUCUCCAAUGACCCCAUUGGUUCCAUUACCAGCAAGUAAUGGCUCAGCCCCUCAGCCCCCUGCAAGGCCUACAGAGAUUAGCAAAGACCUGUUUGGUGCAGAGCCAUUUGACCCUUUCACCUGUGGAGCAGCUGACUUUCCUCCUGACAUCCAGUCCAAGCUGGAUGAAAUGCAGGAGGGGUUCAAAAUGGGACUAACAGUAGAGGGCACUGUCUUUUCCCUCGAUCCACUAGAAGGUCGCUGUUGAUGCCAAGAAGAAAGUUUUGUCACUUUCAUGUUAAACCAUUUGUAUUAAAGUGCCAAAACUCGGGUUUACAGUCAAGAUAUCAAUGUCUUCUCUUAUGUUUUUAUGUAUUUGCAUUAUGCAUUUGCGAACAGUCUAUUGAGAAAUCUGAAGCAGUAGAUCAAUAUUUUUGUAAGAACUAAAAAAAAGGAAAAAACUAGUAAUGUAGUUUUAACACCCCUUGCUUGUACAGGCAAUGAAGGAUGAAGGAAGUAUGUCCAAUUGCACAGUCUGUGUCGACGUUUC